AUGAGCUGGCUCCGGCGCCUGACGGGCGCGGCUACGCAUGCUUGCCAACGGGCAAUCCAGCGAGAUACAGACACUAGGAAACAGCAGUUAGAAAGUACACCGCCUAUGUCCUACAUCAAACUCUCGCCAGCUCUAACACAUAAGCCAGAAGCAAUCAAAGCACUUCGCAAGUCGGCCAAGCUUCGGGGCGACCAGAUAACCUAUGAAGUGAAAUGGCACGCAGACAUUCAGCGAGCAUCCGGCACCUUACGCAUGAAGGAAAUUUGGCGCGGAGGAUGGAGACUACAUGAUCACGACUUCGGAGUGUUCAAGGGAAGCGAGGAGGAAGUGUACGAAGCGCUUCUGAAUGCUGUGAAUAGUGAGAGGGAGUGGAUGAAAACUAUGCAUCGCGCAGUGCGUAAGUGCUACACGCUCUCGCUCAGGAAUCUCAUUAAGGAGAAUGCAGGAAAAAGUAAGAAAAUUUGGCCGGAGAUGAAGCAUGUGAGCGGAAUAUUAGAGGAUGAAGGGAAUGGUAGUUUCAAGGCUGCGAUUAGAGCUGAUCAAAGCGCUUCGGAGUACCGUACUCUGUUCAGGACACGGGCAGGGUCGAAGUACGAGGUCAUUCAACUCUUGAGUUCGCAAAUAGAAGAGCACGCGAAGGUGGAGGGAGUGUAG